UACGUCUCCAUACAAUUGAAUACACCGAGCUAGAAAAAGGAGAAACCAUUAAUUUUUCACAAUACAGUAUGGCAUCCAGUUAUACUGCCAUGUAUCUUCAAAUGAAACUGAAGGACCCCAGGAGAAAUUUACGUCGAUCUGCAGGAGAUCGACAACCAUCCAUGGAAAGUUGCGUGCCUGGCAGAGGAAGAUGGGUGAGAAAGAAGUAUAUGCCAUUACUAAAAGGCAUGAGCCAUGAGCCAAAGUCAUCGUCCUUCAGUAUGAUCUCAGCAACACAGAGGACCACAGCAACUGUGAAUCCCCUAACUCCUUCCUCACUGAAUGGACCGGUUGUUACAAAUGGGAGCCAGACAUCACACGGGGCAUCGAAUGCCCGAGGCAUUCAUACAGCCAGCUUUGCUGCAGCUCUUAGAAAACUGGCCAAACAAGCAGAAGACCCAAGAGGAUCUUCCCAUGGCAGUGAACAAUCUCCUAUAUCGUCGCCAGUUUCCAAUCACUGUUCUCCUGCUGGUACACCCAAACGGCCUCCAGGAACAAUCAUAGUUCCACCUGGAAGUCAGACUGCGGCAAAUACUCCACCUGUAGUUACCAUUGCUCCAACACAAACAGUCAAUGGAUUGUGGAGAAGUGACAGCAGACAGCCCUCAGACAGCACCCUGAGAUCCAGAAGUCACGACCACCCACUUUCCACAGAAUCUUUGCUGAAAAAGGACAAAAUGCCAGUGCCCACACACCUUGCUUCGUCACACCCAGCUUUCCAUCUAUCCGGUCACUCCAUCCAAGAGUCACCAUAUUCAACAAUCAAUUUACAGAGACCAGUUCCACAUUUGGUAUCUUCCAGCAGCAGAUCAGAUGACUUCCUUGCAGGCUUCCGUCCAUAUCAUGGACGAGAUGAAAUUCGGACAUUGUCUUCUCUGCCUUCACUAGGAUUGGACUCCCCAACAGCUGCUGCACCUACAGCUUACUACCAUCCUACCUUCCUAACCCAUCUUCCUUAUCAACAUCCAACAUAUAGAAUUGAUGACCCUUAUGUCCUUUCACUUCAAGCACCAUUCCUUCAUAUUCCACCGCCUGGCACCCUCCCAUCUCUCCAACCAACCAAUAUGCACCUCUCCUUUGCUGGUAUGAGGCAGCCACUGAGUUUAGCUCACCCUUCACUCUCAGGUGUACACCCAGACCAUUUGUCAGCCCUUACAGCAGGAAGGUUGCAAAUGGAUGACGAGGUGAGACAGCGAGAAAAGGAGCAUGAACACGAGAAGGAAAAGAAUUGGGAACGGAGGACUCCUCAAGAAAGGGAGCCAGAAGUGAUAACGGAACAUAGCAGGAAGAGAGAAAAGCAGCAAGAAAAGGAAUGGGAGAAAGAAGUUAAACGAAGGAAAGAAAUGAAGCAGGAAAAAGAGCUUGGGAUGGAAUAUGGGGCAGAGAAGAAUGCAAUUCCAAUCAAUGAUACAGGAAAGAGACGUUUGGAAGGAUGGAAGGAUUUCUUCUCUGCAGUGGAACAGUUCCAGCCUACUCAAAGGAAUGAUGAACAUGCAAACCCUUGGCACAUUAUUCCAUCUACUCAACCAGAGAAAGCCAAAGCACCCUCUCUGGGAAAUGGAAAGGCUCGAACGUUGCCUCUGGAACCUAUUGCCCUUCCCGCUUCCUCUUCUUUAAUUGGGGUCCCUGCAAACCUUUGCUCGUAUUCCUCAUCCUUGGAGGGGAAAUGUGCACUGCGUCACAGCCAUCAGCAACAGGGGAGGGAGAAACAACCAGGACAUGGAGUUAACUUCCAUCAGCACCACCUUCAGCAGCUUCAUAAGGAACAAGGGCAUCAGUUUUCAGAGCAGGAACGAGACAGAAGCAGAGCUAUUGCUGAAGAUGAAAACCAGGACUGGCCACUACGCUUAAGAGCUCCCCCUCCUCUCAUCUCACCACAGCGUCCUUUGAGAGAGACCUCCCCUCUGUCGAGACCCUUUCUAUCUCCUCAUGCACUUCAACCGGCCCAAGCACUUAACUACAGCACUAACUACUCUAGAACCAACCAUGAUGCACUGAAGGACCCAGAAAAACUUCAGAACAAUAAUCUGAAAAAUUAUGCUUUCAACAAGAUCACUGGAGAGCACUUUAACCCAGAACUUACAAAACCUUGCACUGAUAAAGAUGUGAGUGUAAUUAAAUCUGGAAUGCCAACUUUAAAAACUGACAUGGUUCCACAUUUGAAGGACCAGACUUCUAGUCAUCAGUCCACAAAAGAUUUCAACAGUGACUUCAAACAUCAAAUUGCAAAUAGUUGUCUUGAAGAGAUGCAGAAAGAAUGCCUGGAUCUGUCUACUGCCUCUGGAGCAACUGAUCUGAGUUUGAAAAACAGAAAGAGCUCUCUAGUGUCCAAUACAUCAAUGCUUUCAAGCAACUAUGCCACUGCCAACAGCGUAUACAAUCAGGAGCAUCUGCUCCAGCAACCUAUUGUCAGCAAGUUAGAUCUGGCAGAAAAGAAACUGAAGGAAGCCAGGAUGAAUGGACAGCAUUCUGAGCAUAGCCCUUCAGAUGGCACGUUCUGCAAAGGAGAGAUAAGGAACAGGAUACGCAGGCUAGCAGAACAACCGCCUCUCAAGCUGGAUGACACUCCUAGGAAAAUGUUGUUCCUUGGAGCUGUGGGUCUGACCACUCAGAGCAAGAAAGAAGAAGUCAAACAGCAGAAGAUGAGAAAGCGGCGCAGGAUGCUGAGAGAACGCAGCCCAUCCCCACUUUGUUUAGAGAAGAAACAACGCUCUCCCCUUCCUCCUCCUCCUUCUGCUCAAGUUUGUUAUAUCAGCCACUCUCCGGAUGAACUGAACAGGGCAGCUGAUUUUGAGGAAAAGAAACAAUUUCUUGCACUCUUCAAUUUAAAGCAUUUGACAGCAGCACAGAGAAAAGACAUUGAAGAGACUUUGUUGAAGCUCCUAAGUAAAAGUGGGAAAAAAUGCACUCCUCAACUAGAUCCACAACUUUCAGAUUUGGCUCAGUCUAACAAGGACCCAGCUCUGUGCUCAGAUGCUGCUGGUGUGACAGGUGUAGCUGACGUCAGCUGUCUCUCGGUGCUUCCACCUGACAGUAAUCCAAAUGCUCGCUCUCAGGAGGACCUGCCAGCCCAGCCUCAGGCAGAGCGACGGAGGCCGCCGCUGACACCAGAAGCAUCGGAGACUGUGUCAAAGGAUCGCACAAGCAGCGUAAAUGAGAACAAAUCUGACAAGCUGGGAGCAGCAGAUCCUGGCAGUACCUCCAGUGAUGAGGCUAAACCAUCUGGGAUGGCAACUGACAGGAAUGGAAAAAUCAAACGGCUGGACGGCUUUUUGCAGAAGUUCCACAAGUCUAUGUUGCAGAGCACUAAAAACCAAGCAUCAGAUCAGCCCAAAGUGGGCGAUUGGCAGAAUGAUAUGCAUUGCAGCUCACCGGCUCAGAGUUCAUCACUGUGUGAUGUACCGAAACAGCAAGUGCUCGAGAGUUUGGAUCAGAACAAAAAAGUUAACCCUCAGGCUGAGGAACUGGACAGCCAGGAUGAAAUGGAUCAGCGACCAAAAUGGCAGGGAGUUACAGGUGUUCUUGAAGCCUACCAAGAAUACAUUGAAGAGAAAAACGUGGAGCGGCAAGUCCUUCAGGAGCAGCUGAAUCAUCUUAAGGAGAGAAAUCACGAAUUAAAUUUGACAGCAGAGCACCUUAGUGCACACAUGUUGGAGCUGAGAAUGUGUAAACAGAGGUAUGAAAUGGAGCGCCAGCACCAGCAGGCUGCCCUCCGCCAUCUGCGCAAGUGCCUUGAUCUGACUCAUUGCCUGCCUGCGUCAUCAUACAGAUGAACGGAGGAGCUUCACCUGCUUGAGCAAGGGCGAAAACCACAGCCAGGAAAAAUGUGCCCUUCAGUUAUCAGUAAUAAGAAGGUACAGAUUUGCAUUGAAGUGAAUAGAUUACAGGAUAAGUUGUUCCUUCCAAGCAGAUUGAUUCGUUUCCAUUUAUGUAGUUAUCAUUUGCUUCAAGAAUCAUCGGGAUACAGCGUGGAACUUCUCAAAUGUACUCUCAAACCAAACUGUUCUACUGACAGGAGGCUCCCAUUGCCAAACAGCUCAGCUUGCAUGCUUACCCUACACAGCCAAGCUAGAUCUAAAGCUAUAUUGAGGACUUAAAAUGCAAAGCUGGAUGCUGACACUUUGCGGAUCCUCAGGUUACAGUAAAUAAUGCAGAAAAGGCUACAUUAAAGAAAUGAAUGUGUAAACCAAGUACCUUUCUGUAUUUAAUGAGAAAUGUAUUUUUGUUUUGUCUAUGACUUGUACAUCAGCUGCAGAAAGCAUUUCUUGCAAGUUUGAACCAGAAGCGAAAGUUAGUUGAGAAGGCCUGCUGUAUAAAAUAAACUAAACAUGCAAGACUUUAAGCAAAUACAGAUGCUGAUUAUUAGCUAUUCAUUUAUUUUGUGUGGUUCUGAUAAGUUAUAAGAGUAGAGACGACUGUCACCCAUGUGACAUGAACACUUAACGCAUUCUUAUCAAAUUCCCCGCUGCAACAUUAACAGAAGCGUUAACCUGUUUCAGGUCAUUGCCUGUAUUAAAAUGAAGCAAAUUUGAUGUGUGUAUUCAGCAUUCAUAAUAUCCUUUCUAUCCUCUACUUUCUUCAAAGUACAUUUUUUAAAUGCCACACAUUGCCUAACGUUUGGAUCUAUGUAUUGUUGAUGUUUAUAUAUAUUAACAGUGAAUCCUUUUUGGUUUUGUAUAUUACAGUAUAGUUUUACAGCAUUAUUCGGUGAUUAUAAAGUUAAAUGUAUAUUUUGAAGUUCUGCAACAGGUUUGCUUUUAAUUCAGUUUUUGGUAAUAAGAAGGUACAGAUUUGCAUUGAAGUAAAUAGAUUAAUGCAGUGCUAAGAACAGGUUUUUGUAAAAGAAUAGAUCUGUUAUUUUACUUUGUUGCUUAACUAAUAUAAAUGCUGAGCAAAAACUACCUUUUACUACACAGCACCACUUCUAAUAUUAGAAAUUACUUGAAGUACAUUUUCUAUUUUUUUGUAAUGAAGUUAAUGAAAGCAGAUUUCUUGUUAUCACACAGGUACAUGAAACGGGCCUCACUUUGAGGAAGAAUAGGGAUCAUAAAAUGUCUUUAUUCCCAAGCAUCAAGAUAUUUUUAACAGAAUAUACUAUGUGAGAUUUUUCAGUUGCCUAUAAAGGCAAAAGUUUAAGUGAAUGGAGUUAGCAUAACAUUGUCUAAAAUAAAGAUUUUUAAUUGAAUAUUGUAUAAUUAUGAGCAUUAAGGGAAUUGUUGUAUACAAUCUGAUGCAUUUUUGAGCUAUGUAGUUUUUUUUAAGAAAAGGGCCUCUGCGCAAUUAAAUUUUUGCUGCAGCUAAGUAUUUCAUAGCUAAUCCUAAAAAAAAGAUAACAUUUAAACUGUUUUAAGAAGUAACUCUUCUCUUAAAUUAUUAGUGGAAUAAUUUGGAAUUAUAUGACUCUUUACCUAAAAUCCCCCAA